GGAGGACGGACCUAAGGAGCGACAAGAAAUUCAUAUCAAUUAAUAAUCAUAAAAAAAGAGCUGGCAGACGCGCUCGGAAAACUGGCAUGGUUUUUUGGAGGCUGGCAGUUCAAAGCUGAAACGUCAGAUAUGACUCCUAGAGACUGCUGAGAUGAUCAUUAAGGGAGACUUAGAUCGGAUGGCAGAAGACAUCGGGCAUGCAGAUAUCUGUUGUUGCAGGUGGCGGACUGAAGACGAUGCUGGAUGCCAUGGAUGUUCCAAGUCAUGCUAGGGAUCUCCUCCUGCAGCUCAACAGCCAACGAACCAAAGGCUUCCUGUGCGAUGUUAUCAUUGUGGUGCAGAACGCCCUCUUCAGAGCUCACAAGAACAUUCUGGCUGCCAGCAGCCUCUACUUGAAAUCUUUGGUGGUCCAUGACAAUCUGAUCAACCUCGACCACGAGAUGGUGAGUCCAGGGGUCUUCAGGGUCAUUCUGGACUACAUCUACACAGGCCGCCUUAGUGAGGGAGACCCCACUUCUCCUACUGAACCCAAUCUAGGUGCUGUGUUGGCAGCAGCCAGCUACCUCCAGCUGCUUGACCUAGUGGCUUUGUGCAAAAAGAAGCUGAAAAGAAAUGGCAAGUACCCUCCCCGGCCUGGGCCUGCAUUUCUGCCUUACCCAAAGAUGGGCCCCAACAGUAUGGGUUUAGGGAGUGGUGGCAGGUAUAGGAUUUCCACUCCUGUCAUUCAGUCCUGCCCUCCAGGAGGAAUUUUGAAUAUCCAUGCAACGCGGGCAUCACCACCAGAAGAGCUAGUUCCCCAUCGGAUAGCCAUUCAUGCUGGGGAGCUGUAUGCUCCAACCUCCAUCCAAGGCUCUCAGGUGUUCCCGUCCCUGCAGUCAGUUCUGCCUGCCCAGCUGGGGCGCUCAGCCCACCCUAGAAGGAACUGCUCCCCAAACCACGGCCUUGAUCUCUCCAAGAAGAGCCCCAACUCCCAGUCUCAGCACACACCCUCUCAAUCCCAUUUGGCAAAUUCUCACAAUGAUGAGGAGCGAGACGGGAACCUGAGCGGUCGCACCAGUCCCAUGCAGGGGACAAACGGAAGGGCUUUCCCCUCAGAAAAAAUGGAUUCAACUGACCAGGCAAGCUCUCUUACUCCUCCACCAUUCCCCCAUAUCAACCAGGCUCUGGGCCCCCACCUCCCCCACCUGCAUCGCCACCAGGGCCGGGAUCGCUACCCAUGCCCCCCCAGCCCUGAUACCCCAACAGAAGGCGGAGAAGCAGGCAGAGAUAUGGGCAACAUCUACCGCUGGGUGAAACAUGAGCCACUUUCAUACACAGCAGAAGAUGAAGAUGAGGAUGAGGAUGAAGAGGAAGGGGGCGAAAAUGGAGACCGGCAUCAUAACCAUCACAAGGCCGGGGAGGAGAGUGAAGGAGCCGACGAUAAGAGCGGGUCAGGCACAGAGGAGACGGGCAGUAGUGAAGGCCGCCCCUCGCCUUCUGGACCAAUGGGGAGGUUCCACAUGCCAUAUGAGCCAGAGAGCUUUGGGGACAAUCUGUACGUCUGCAUUCCCUGUGACAAAGGCUUCCCGAGCUCAGAGCAGCUCAAUGCACACGUGGAGACACACACGGAAGAGGAGCAGUACUGCAACUCAGGUGGGGAGAUGGGAAACGGCAAUAACGGCCCCAAAAACAUGAGCAGUAAUACAAACGGUUAUGGGGGCCUGAACAGCAGCAACAGCCUCUCCCACCUGGAGUCCAAAUCCAGCCAAGCGCUGAGUUCAGGGGGGAUCGGGGAAAUGAUGCGACCCUACCGCUGUUCCUCCUGUGAGAAGUCCUACAAAGAUCCAGCCACUUUGCGGCAGCACGAAAAGACCCACUGGCUGACCCGGCCUUACCCCUGCAGCAUCUGCGGGAAGAAGUUUACGCAGCGCGGCACCAUGACGCGCCACAUGCGUAGCCACCUGGGCCUUAAACCUUUUGCCUGUGACUCCUGUGGGAUGCGCUUCACCCGCCAGUAUCGCCUCACCGAGCACAUGCGCAUCCACUCAGGGGAAAAGCCCUACGCAUGUCAGGUGUGCGGAGGAAAGUUUGCUCAGCAGCGCAACCUCAUCAGCCACAGCAAGAUGCACAGCAGCGGGGGGAGUGCAGGGGGCCUGACCACAGAUGGGAAACUGAAGCUGGACUUUGCUGAGGGCAUCUAUCCACUGAGUAAAUAUGCAGCAGAGCAUUUGGGCCUGAAGCAGGAGAAGGCCAAUGAGCUCCUAAUCCAAGCCCAGCAGCAACUGGUAGCUGAUGCAAAGGUCAUGGAGAGCCUCUACCCGCUGUCCAAACUGGCCGCAGAGCACCUCGGUAUCCCCCUCGACAAGAUGGAUGUCAUGGGCCAACCCCUCCUCUCUGAUAGCCGCAUCAUUGACCGUUACUCACCCAGCUAAAAGCACAUGACCUGUAUAAACAGCAGUCACCAAUAGGUCUGUGUGCACACACAAUUGCAGUAUUCUAAAGCCUUUCACCUCAACUCCAUAUCUCCUCUGCACCUCAGACUCAGGCUGAGAGGAAUUGGUCUGCUCAUGCACACCAAAAAGUGUAGACUGUAAGUGCCUUUCUAUGCAUCUAAUGUAUCUUAAAAUCCUCCUUCAUAAGGGAGCUCUGUGCUAUUCCGUGACCAAGAGACACUUAUUCAAAGAAGUACAGUAUUUAUGUACAGUGUAUGCAAACAAACAUUUCAGUCAUUGAGCCAAAGUGACAAUUUGAAAACCAAAAUGAAAUUGUUUUAUUUAUUUUUGUAUCAUGAUGAAAUCCAAAGAGAAACUUUUGCAAGGAAGUGUUGCAAUAUGACCCUAAACCUGUGUAAUAUUUAGUAUCACCUGUGUACAAAAAAAAGGAAAAAGCACAUAAGGACAAGAUUCAGUGUUUUGGUCCAGACCAGAGCAGAACUUUUGCCAAAUGAAUAAGCCAACUCAUGUGGACUUUAAAGUAAUGGGAGCAUAUAUGUUUUUCUUUUCUUCUUCUGUUUUUGGGGCGACUGGACAAUUUAUGUAUUUCACUCUCCAGCUUAUCCAAAUCAUGUUCCUGCCCCUAAAGUCACGAGGAAAUGACUGAACGAUAAGAGCAGUUGCCUCAGCAUUUUAGUAAAGUCUCAUCAGUUUUAUUUUCUCCACUUUUUUAUAAAGUAACCCGCUCUCCCACA